UGCUGGUUCCUGGUGUAAUCCUCCUGGUUCCUGGUGUCGUCCUGCUGGUUCCUGGUGUUUUUCUGCUGGUUCCUGGUUUCGUCCUGUUGGUUACUGGUGUUGUUCUGCUGGUUCCUGGUGUCGUCCUGCUGGUCCCUGGUGUCGUCCUUCUGGUUACUGGUGUUGUCCUGGUGUUUUCCUGCUGGUUCCUGGUGUUGUCCUGAUGGUUCCUGGUGUCUUUCUGCUGGUUCCUGGUGUCGUCCUGCUGGUUCCUGGUGUUGUUCUGCUGGUUCCUAGUUUUGUUCUGCCAGUCCCUGGUGUCGUUCUGCUGGUUUACUGGUGUCGUUCUGCUGUGGGUCAACAUCUGUGGCUCCAAACAGUCCCUUUUGCUGAUGCCCACAUUUUGCGGGAUUGCGCUGCAGGCAAUGAUUUUCAUUGCAAAGGUUGGUUUGACUUCCAGUGCCCCAGAAAUAUUGCUCUCCCCAUCUUCAUAAUGCCAAAUGCUCUCUCUCCACCACAGAGCGUGCCCUGGUUGCUGCUCAUGCUGCAUAUCUUCUCGUUUUCAGUUUGAUCUCACGGUUGAAUUAUUUCGAACAGGAACACAGAGAUUCAUAUUCUAAGCAAUUUUCAGUAAUGUAGAAGACAAAACUACAGAAAAAAAUGCCUCCUCGCACGAGCCUGUAAAUCGUUCAGCGGCAAAAAAAUAAAUAAACACUGCCAUGGAAUAAUAACAGGUGUGGUGUUCUCCAGACGCGAUGUUCUCCAGACGUGGUGUUCUCCAGGUGUGGUGUUCUCAAGGUGUGAUGUUCUCCAGACGCGAUGUUCUCCAGAUGUGGUGUUCUCCAGAUGUGGUGUUCUCCAGACGCGAUGUUCUCCAGACGUGGUGUUCUCCAGAUGUGGUGUUCUCCAGACGCGAUGUUCUCCAGACGUGGUGUUCUCCAGGUGUGGUGUUCUCCAGGCGUGGUGUUCUCCAGGUGUGGUGUUCUCCAGGCGUGAUGUUCUCCAGGCAUGAUGUUCUCCAGAAGCGGUGUUCUCAAGGUGUGAUGUUCUCCAGACGCGAUGUUCUCCAGACGUGGUGUUCUCCAGGUGUGGUGUUCUCCAGGCGUGGUGUUCUCCAGGUGUGGUGUUCUCCAGGCGUGAUGUUCUCCAGGCAUGAUGUUCUCCAGAAGCGGUGUUCUCCAGAUGUGGUGUUCUCCAGGCGUGGUGUUCUCCAGGUGUGAUGUUUUCCAGAAGCGGUGUUCUCCAGAUGUGGUGUUCUCCAGACGUGGUGUUCUCCAGGCGUGGUGUUCUCCAGGUGUGGUGUUCUCCAGGUGUGGUGUUCUCCAGAUGUGGUGUUCUCCAGACGCGAUGUUCUCCAGACGUGGUGUUCUCCAGGUGUGAUGUUUUCCAGAAGCGGUGUUCUCCAGACGUGGUGUUCUCCAGGCGUGGUGUUCUCCAGGUGUGGUGUUCUCCAGUUGUGAUGUUCUCCAGAUGUGGUGUUCUCCAGACGCGAUGUUCUCCAGACGUGGUGUUGUCCAGACGUGGUGUUCUCCAGGCGUGGUGUUCUCCAGGUGUGGUGUUCUCCAGUUGUGAUGUUCUCCAGAUGUGGUGUUCUCCAGACGCGAUGUUCUCCAGUUGUGAUGUUCUCCAGAUGUGGUGUUCUCCAAACGCGAUGUUCUCCAGACGUGGUGUUCUCCAGGUGUGGUGUUCUCAAGGUGUGAUGUUCUCCAGACGCGAUGUUCUCCAGACGUGGUGUUCUCCAGACGUGGUGUUCUCCAGUUGUGAUGUUCUCCAGAUGUGGUGUUCUCCAGACGCGAUGUUCUCCAGACGUGGUGUUCUCCAGGUGUGGUGUUCUCAAGGUGUGAUGUUCUCCAGACGCGAUGUUCUCCAGAAGCGGUGUUCUCCAGAUGUGGUGUUCUCCAGACGCGAUGUUCUCCAGACGCGAUGUUCUCCAGACGUGGUGUUCUCCAGAUGUGGUGUUCUCCAGACGUGGUGUUCUCCAGAAGCGGUGUUCUCCAGGUGUGGUGUUCUCCAGAAGCGGUGUUCUCCAGGUGUGAUGUUCUCCAGACGCGAUGUUCUCCAGACGUGGUGUUCUCCAGACGUGGUGUUCUCCAGACGUGGGGCCUCAUUUCUAAAGGUUGCGUACGCACAAAAGAAGGCGUACGCCACUCUCUACGCAAUAGUUGAGAUUUAUAAAAAGCAAACUUGAGGGGAAAAU